AUGCAAACCUCGAAAAGACUAAAUGAUCUCAAAGACAGAAUAGUUGAUGAACAACCACACCAAUCUGACGAAAGACAGUUGAAGAAGCGAAGAACGCGUCUUGAAAUUUUUCAUCUUCCUAAAGACAUCAUAGAUAUUAUAAUCUUCUUUAUACCAGAUGGUUAUUUGGAAACUUACCUCGACAUUCCCUUUAUUGGAGAAUAUGCUGCAAAUAGAUUUUAUCGAUAUCUUGAAAUUCUCCCUUUAGUUGCGAACACUUAUCCUUUAAAAUCGCCAUACACUUAUCCUUCAAAAUCUUCAAAUUAUGCAUAUAUGGAGCAUGAACUUGUUGAACCAAACAGGUACCAAACUAUGUCAACGAGGAAAACAGAAAAAUUCAGGUUACCAAACUUUCUUAUUCAUCCAAAUGAAGAUGGCGGUAGUGGAGAUACAUACUAUAGACAAUUAAGUCUAAAUGCAUUUGUUCAGUUGAGUAACAAGUAUCCCAGAUUUCAACCCAAAGUUGUUCAUUUCACGACGUUUAAUAGAUUUUCUUGGAUGCAUGAACGAUAUCCUGGCAUAUUGGCUCGAUUACCACAUAUAGAUAUUUCAUUUGAAGAUCGUAUAAUACUUACAUCACAGUCAGUUUUUAAUCUGCAAUACAACAUUUAUCGGGUUUUCAACAUUCCAGAGCAAUUUAUCAACUCGAAAGCGUUUUCGGACAUUUCGAGUCUUUGUACCAGAUCGUUUCCCAUUGGUAUCGGUAAAUGUUGGGCAGAAACUCUUCAAGAACUUUACUUGUAUGAUCCGCGACUCGAUUUGAAUGUAAUCUCGAAAAUGGAUAGCCAUUUCCCCAGGUUGAAAAAAUUAGGCUUAGAAAUCUUCAUACAGUUUCUGAAGCUAUUCUCGUGUUUCCCCUCAAACUUGGAGUUUUUGCAAAUACGCAUGAUGGAGGAGGAUUAUGGAUGUUUUGCGAAUAGAUGGGAUUUCUCAUAUUUGACAUACUUGAAACAGUUUGUAGUCGAUACUGGGUUUAGCUUGGAUACAUUAGACAGAUUCAAGUUUCCUCGUGGGAUUGAACGAGUGACUAUCUGUGCAGCCGAUACUGGGGAAUUGUUUCCAGACCCAACAAGCUUUGACAGCAUAGAAAUGUACCCCAAUUUAAAAGAGUUCCGAGUUCGGUAUCGCAGUGAGAAAAGAAAAGUUUUGUCACAUAAUACUUACUUUCCGAAAACGCUACAAAAGCUUGAGAUAUCGGUGGCGGCCCUUGAGAACCCACUGGUUGAAUUGGGAGAGAAUUUGCGUUUUCCUGGUGAUUUAAAGGUUCUACAGAUUUAUUCUUAUCAUGGGGACUACGAGCCUGAGAACUUAGUGCUUCCAGGUUCCUUAAGGAUUUUAUCCCUUUUCAAUGAAACCGAUGAAGAAUUUGAGGAGCUGUAUGAUUGGGCCGGUGUAAAAUUUCCAGAAUCUCUUGUUCAAUUAAAUAUGAUGUGCACUAAAGGAGAUGGAAUUCCAUUUCCCAAAUCAUUGCGUGGGUUGUACAUAAAUACACUUUAUGACUCUACACUUAAUUUCCUUACACUUGAGAAUUUGGUUCAGCUUAAAUAUUUGUCUUGGAAUCGAUUCCUUUCGGAAAUUAUCGUUGAAGCACCAAAUUUGAAGCUGGUGGUAUUGGAGGCAACGGGGUUUACUUCUAUAGAUCCGUCAACGUUUCAGUUACCCGAUUGUGUUGAAUUAUUAUACUUGUCGACUCCAAUGGGUAUUGAAGUAACAGUCCCAAAUACAUUACCCACUCUGUUGACACACUUAUAUCUACCAAGCUCCUAUUUAAGUUCCGAUUUAUUGAAUAAGCUUCAAUUACAAGACUAUAAAAGGCUUGUCAAAUUGGAUUUGCUGGAUAACGACAUUUCUCAUUUAGGAAACAACAGUCUUCCGUCGUCUUUAGAAUGGUUACGUCUUGAUAAGAAUCCCAUUUCCACAUUUUCCAAUUCAGAAGUAUUCUCGGAUCUUAGGCGCUUACGUGAAUUAAAUAUCUCACACACCAACGUCAACGAUUAUUUACAAACAGGUGAGUUAAAGUUCCCAUCAUCGUUGAUUAGCUUGAAUCUCGCAGAGAAUAAUCUAGAAAAGGAUGUAGUGGGUCAUUUAAUCUUGCUGUCCUGUACUCAAUUGCAAGAGUUGUGUUUGGUCGGAAGCGUAGACAUUGAGGUGGUUCAAGAGAUUGUAGAUGUAAUCAAAUCCACUUGUCCAGACAUGAUCAGAAGUGAAGGUAGAGUUUUAUGUAAGCUUAAGAAGAGUUUAUAUGGAUUAAAGCAGGCUCCACUCUGUUGGAAUAAGAAAAUUACUGAGAUACUUGAAAACUUGAAGUUCAAAAGAUUGUUAUCAGAACCAGGUAUAUAUGUUAGAGAUGGAAUCAUAUUAGGUUUAUAUGUUGAUGACAUCCUAGUUGUGUGUAAAGAAGAGACAGAAUAUCAAGAGCUUAGAAAACAGUUAGCAACGAAAGUAAAUGUAAAGGAUCUUGGUCUAGCAAAGAAGUUCUUGGGAAUCAACAUCGAGCAAACGAAAGAAGGAAUAAAGUUAUCUCUUAGUGAUUACAUUGAUAAACUACUUGGAGAUUGGAACCUCACUGAUGGUAAAGAAAAACGUACUCCUUUUAUUAGUGAUACUGAUAUUAAGUCUGCUGUAACCAAAGGUGGUGAUGUGAAUAUCAAAGAAUAUAGGUCAUUAGUGGGACAGUUAUUGUUUGCAUCCACUACUGUAAGAUUUGAUGUAGCAUUUGUUGUUAGUUGUCUUAGUAGAAAUUUCCAAAACCCAUCUAUGGGUGAUAUGGCAGCAGCUAAACAUGUUCUUCGUUAUUUGAAAGGAACUAAAGAUUAUUCUUUAAGUUAUAAUGCUCAAGAAGGACUUGAAGUAUACUGUGAUUCAGAUUGGGGAUCACACGAAGAUGAUAGAAGGUCAAUCAGUGGUUAUAUUUUUAAACUUGCUGGAGCUCCAGUGAGCUGGAAGAGUAAGAAACAACCAUCAGUAGCUCUCUCCACAGCAGAAGGAGAAUAUAUGGCCCUUGCUGAAGCCACAAAGGAAACAUUAUGGAUUUUGCAGUUACUUGAAGAAUGUGAAAUAGAAGUAAAACUUCCAGUGAUAGUGUAUGAAGAUAAUGAGGCAGCACGUAUUUUAGCUAAUCAUAAUGCUUACCAUGCUGGAACAAAGCACAUCGACAUUAGGUAUCAUUUUGUACGUGAUCAUGUGUUAAAUCGAAUCAUCAAUAUUGUGAAGGUAGCAUCAGCUAAUAAUUUGGCUGAUAUAUUUACUAAGUCUAUGAGUGAGUUUCAGUUUAAAGCUUUAAUUAACCAAAGUGGGUUAAAAGAGUGA